AUGAACACUUUGUUAUUCGAAGCAUUUUUCUUUGAUCUCUUCCUAAGUAAAGGUACAUGGACAUCAAUCAUAAAUCCAAUAACAUAUUCUCAAUCAGCAGUAGAAAGAUUACUCAAUGAAGGUGGUUAUGUUAUGAUAAGUGCAGGACGCAAUAAUAAAAUGCCCAGUGAUCGUAAUUUGAGUGAUGACACCAUUCAAGAACGAACCGUUAAUUUGACCAUUGAUUUGACCAAUUUAUAUGCUUAUUCAUCUAUGAUAGGUGUCUAUAAUGGCGAUAAUGAAACAAGUUUUUUUGUUAUUCUACACAAUGUUUCACCGGAUGUGGAACGUACGACAUUUAUUCAAUUGGGUCAAAAGUAUAAUCAAGAGUCCAUUAUUUAUGUUAAACGAGCGAUUCCCACCAUACAGCAAUUCAUCUAUACAACAGGUGAAUUCAGUGGAAAAUAUGUCGAAGGAUUAGGAUAUAAAAUACUCACUACAAAUGUAACCGACGAUUACAGUGAAUUAACAUUAUGUCCGAAUAACUUAUUUAAAUUUACACUAAAUUUUGAUUUUGAAAUAAUGAUGAUGGGAAAACUUCGAAAGAAAACACGACAACUAAUUGAUCAUCAUACCAAUUAUAUACUAGCCAAUAAGCAGAGACAACACCCCUGA